AUGGCCAGAAAUUCUGGCUUGUUGCUUCUAGCUUCGGUGUUAUUAGCAUCAAUUGUAUCGAUCUGCGAUUCAGCAGCCAUCUUUACUCCGAUAUCUGACUCACAUCGAUCUGCUGCAUUGGAACUCUUCUCUCCCUCCGAUGGAUCGUUUGGAAGCUUGGAAGAUACAUAUGAGGCUUUAAGAACAUUUGAGGUUCUUGGAAUUGAAAAAGAGCCUCUCACAAGGACUUCAGUUUGUGCAUCCGUAGCUGACACCCUUUCGUCCACCUCAUCAUCUUUAAAGGAUUUGUUCCAGGCGUUAAGAGUUAAUGGGAUACUGAAAUGCGAGCUAAAUGACAAGGCUUUUGUGGAAAUUGUGUCUAGACUUAAAGAUUCUGUAAAUUCUGCAAAUUCGCUUCUUGAUUUCUACCACUCCAUUGGAGGAUUAAUGCUUAUCAAGGAUCAGGCUUCAGAAGUAGAUGUGCAUCUUGGGGAUGCUGAUAGAAUUUUUCGUUCUAUAAAGGCUCUCAGCCAAAGUGAUGGAAGGUGGCGUUACAGUUCCAACAACCCUGAGUCUAGUACUUACGCUGCUGGUAUGGCACUUGAGACCCUGGCUGGAGUUGUUUCAUUGGCAUCUUCUGAGAUCGAUCAUUCUCUAGUUGCUACUCUGAAAAAUGACAUAAUGAAGCUUCUUGAUGGUGUUGAGAGAUACGAUGAUGGCGCUUGUUACUUUGAUGACAAAUUUGUUGAUGCACAUGGGCACCAAGAUCCUCUUUCAGCUUCCUCAUCGGUAGUGCGUGGGAUUACUGCUUUUGCAACAGCUACCCAAGAAAAUUUGAAUCUUCCAGGGGACAAAAUAUUGGGUCUGGCAAAAUUUUUCCUUGGUGUUGAAAUUCCUGGCAGUGCCAAAGACUUGUAUCACCAAAUUGAUGCCUUGUCUUGCCUGGAAAACAGUAGGGUAUCUGUUCCUUUGAUUUUAUCACUUCCAGCUACCGUGCUUUCAGGUUCCCGGACAGACCAACUUAAGGUAAGGGUCAACACUGUAUUGGGUUCUGCUGGCCCACCUCUAUCUGUCAGGCUCAUGCAGAUUUUUAGCUCUGGUUCGAAGGAUGCUUCUGUCAUUGACCAGGAACUCAAGUUUGACCCUGAACAUGCAGUUCAUGUCCUAGAAACAUUGCCGAAGAAUGUAGAUGUUGGAAAAUAUAUAUUUUCUUUUGAGAUUUCACUUAAUGAUCCAGAACAUAAGAAACGAUACAUAACUGGGGGACGAACAAAAGUACCUGUAUACAUAACAGGAGUCAUUGAAGUUAACAAUGCGGAGAUUGCUGUACUUGACAGUGAUAUUGGGAGUAUAGAAAUGCAGAAAAAGCUAGAUUUAUCUAGAGAGAAUGAUGUUGCUUUAUCCGCAAACCAUCUCCAGAAAUUGCGAUUAUCCUUUCAAUUGAGUACUCCUUUCGGAAAAGCUUUUAAGCCACACCAGGCAUUCCUCAAGUUGAGACAUGAGAGUGGAGUUGAGCAUAUCUUUGUGGUGGGCAACUCGGGGAAGAAGUUCGAGAUAAUUUUAGAUUUUCUGGGACUGGUUGAGAAAUUCUUCUAUUUGUCGGGUAAAUAUGAUAUUCAACUUACAGUUGGCGACUCUGUCAUGGAGAACUCUUUUUUAAAACCUCUGGGCCAUGUUGAAUUAGAUCUUCCAGAUGCACCUGAGAAGGCAGCUCGUCCUCCUCCACAGCCUAUUGACCUAUAUUCAAGAUAUGGGCCUAAGGCAGAAAUAACUCACAUUUUUAGGGCUCCUGAGAAAAGGCCUCCUAGAGAGCUUUCACUUGCUUUCUUGGGCCUUGUUCUUUUGCCAUUCUUUGGUUUCCUGGCUGGGCUCUUGCUCCUACGCGUGAACCUGAAGAAUUUUCCGAGGUCAACUGUUCCUGCAACAUUUGCCAUUCUCUUCCAUUUGGGCAUUGCAUCUGUUCUCUUACUGUAUGCAUUAUUCUGGUUCAAGUUGGAUCUAUUCACAACAUUGAAGGCACUUGGGUUCCUGGGAAUUUUCUUGAUGUUUGUCGGACACAGGACUCUAUCCCAUCUCGCUUCUGUAUCAGCCAAGUUGAAGUCGGCUUGA